AUGUAUAUGCAUCGUGCCGGGCUUAUUGAUAUAGCUAUUAAAGCUAUAUGCAAAAAUCAUACAUAUUCAGGAUUGUACGAAGUUUGUGCUUUAUGUAGUGUACUCAAAUGCAAUAUACGAAGUGUCUAUCCAGAAAUUGACUUUAGAGCUGGCAUGGCUGUGAUGAAUAGUAUAUAUACACCUAUUCCGCCGAUCGUUGCUAAUUAUGAAGUUGCAAUUUUGUGGUCGAAUGUCUGGAAAGAAAUGCACGUGCGAGCGGUCAAUAAUAAUCUAUGGAGUCCGAAUCAUUUUGUGCCUCUCUUAGCACCAAAUCAGCAAUAUGAUUUUGAUCAAAGGAAUCAAUUAUUAUUAUCUAAUGUCAAAACUCCUGAAAAGAAAACAUUUAAGAACAAUGUAGUCGCUCAAAUACGCAUGCCUGAUUUUGAAUCUUCUCCCAACAGACGUGUACGUAGUGAUAUCAAUAUUGAAAGUGAACGCACUAAAGCAAUCAGCCCGAUUGCAAUCGAGCAGGCUCAGGCGGACACAGAAGAAGAACAUGAAAACCGACUUUCUCUUUUGAGAGAACGUGCACGUCUGAGACGAGUUAAUCAGACGGAGGAACAACGUCAAAAUCGACUUGCGAAAGACAGAGAACGAGCUCGAUCCAGUCGAGACAGUCAAGCUGAAGAACAACGGCAACGUCGACUCGAGCAAAAGAAAGAACAUGCACGGUCUGUACGGCAGAAUGAAACAGAUGAUCAAUAUCAGUUACGGAUCAAUUAUCAAAGGGGUCGAAGUCAGGCCAAUAGAACCGAAAAAAGACUAGAAAAACGGACAGCUGACAACAUCAUUAUUCAACAGCAGAACAUCAAUAUGCAACGAAAAAAAAAAGUCAAAUUCAUUCGACUUGGCCAGCGCCAAUUCCUACACUGAAAAAAAAAUCGGUAGAAUGAUAAACGUUUUAAGCGUUUAUCAAGUUGCAACGAAUAAAAUACCCUUUUCUACCGUUUAUCAAAUUGUGCUGAAUCCUUUCAUCUACCCCGAAAAAUAGUGAAAAAAAAGGGUUUAUCAAUUGUAAAU